CUAGGAGUAGGAGGCAUGGAGUUGGUAAUAAUUCCAAGUGGUGCAUUAUAGAGUCUGCGCCAAGGGAAUAUAAAAAAUUAUACAGCUUUCUAAAUGUUGUAAAUGGCCAAAAAUAGAUUUAUUGAUUGCCAAGAAUAGUUGUAUUGAUUGCAGAACUCCCAUGCCUCUCUCUCUUCCUCCAUCACUCCAUCCCUCCCUCCCCCUUUAACGUAUAUAUCGACGGGAAAGAUUUUUUUAUUGGAGGAAACCGCUGCGUGAUCAGGUUCUUGAGUCCACGCCAGAAGCAGCUCUACUGUACCUGAUUAGGAGGAGCCACAAACCAACCCAGCAGGAGGACCUGCAGGACAAUAAGUUGUCUAACACACAUACCUGACAAGAAAAAUGUUGGGCGCCCACCUCUCCCGGCUGCGGCUUGUGGCCCGGCCACACCAAACCAUUACCUCAAUCCUGCGUCUGGCUCAUUCUUCUUCCAGUAUUGAAUACCAGCCAAUCAAAUCUGUCCUUGUAGCUAAUAGAGGUGAAAUUGCCAUCAGAGUAUUCCGAGCAUGUACUGAACUGGGGAUACGUUCAGUUGCUGUGUACAGUGAACAAGACAAGAUGCACAUGCAUAGACAGAAGGCCGAUGAGUCGUACAUCAUAGGACAGGGACUCUCUCCAGUUGACGCUUAUCUUUGUAUACCAGAAAUUGUGCGCGUAGCAAAGGAAAAUGAUGUUGAUGCCAUCCAUCCUGGUUAUGGGUUCCUCUCUGAACGUUCAGACUUUGCUCAAGCUUGUAUCGAAAACAACUUGCGUUUCAUUGGACCCUCACCUCGAGUUGUGCAGCGGAUGGGAGACAAGGUGGCUGCCCGUCAGACUGCCAUUAAUGCUGGUGUACAAGUGGUUCCAGGUACAGAUCAUCCCAUAAUCUCAGCAGAUGAGGCAUAUGAGUUUUGUGUGAAGUAUGGCCUGCCAGUCAUGCUUAAAGCAGCUUAUGGAGGUGGUGGUAGAGGCAUGAGAGUGGUGCGAGAACUAAGUGAGGUGAAGGAAAGCUUCCGCCGUGCAUCUUCAGAAGCUGAGGCAGCCUUCGGGAAUGGUGCCAUGUUUAUUGAGAAGUUCAUCGAAAAGCCAAGGCACAUUGAGUUGCAGGUGCUGGGAGACAAGGCGGGCAAUGUGGUGCACCUGUACGAGCGAGACUGUUCUGUGCAGAGGCGGCACCAAAAGUUAGUUGAAGUGGCCCCAGCUCCCAACUUAGAUAAAAAGGUGCGGGAAGCUAUGGCAGCUGAUGCAGUGAAGCUGUGUAAAAGUGUUGGCUAUGAGAAUGCUGGCACUGUUGAGUUCCUGCUGGAUAACCAAGGGAAUUACUAUUUCAUAGAGGUCAAUGCUCGCCUGCAAGUGGAACACACCGUCACAGAAGAGAUCACUGGGAUUGACUUGGUCCAAUCUCAAAUCCGCAUUGCUGAGGGAAUGACUCUGCCUGAGCUUGGAAUGACUCAGGAUAGAAUUACUGCUCAGGGUUGUGCUAUUCAGUGCAGAGUCACAACAGAGGAUCCUGCUAAAGGCUUUCAACCAGAUACUGGAAGACUAGAGGUGUUCCGUAGUGGUGAGGGUAUGGGAAUCCGUCUUGAUGGUGCUUCUGCAUAUGCUGGUGCCAUCAUAUCCCCAUAUUAUGACUCUUUACUCAUGAAAGUCAUAUCAAGGGCAUCAGACCUGCAUGCAUCAGCAGCCAAGAUGAAUCGUUCCCUACGAGAGUUCAGAAUCCGUGGGGUAAAGACAAACAUUCCCUUCCUCCUCAAUGUGCUAGAAAACCAGAAGUUCCUCAAUGGUACAAUUGAUACUACAUUCAUUGAUGAAAAUCCUCAGCUGUUCCAAUUCCAGCCUUCACAGAACCGUGCCCAAAAACUGCUUAACUAUUUAGGAAAUGUUCUGGUAAAUGGCCCUCUUACUCCCUUGGCCACAGGACUCAAACCUGCAGAAGUCCAUCCUGUAGUUCCAGAAAGUCCUGCAGCUACUGAUCCUCCUCGAGGCUUUCGGGAUGUAUUGGUGGCAGAGGGGCCAGAAGGUUUCGCUAAAGCUGUCCGGAAUCACAAGGGACUCCUUCUAAUGGACACAACAUUCAGGGAUGCACAUCAGUCUCUCUUGGCGACUAGGGUCCGCACUCACGACUUGCUUAAGAUCUCACCGUAUGUUGCACACAACUUCAAUGGACUGUACUCCCUGGAGAACUGGGGUGGUGCCACCUUUGAUGUAGCUCUCAGGUUCCUUCACGAGUGUCCAUGGGAACGGCUGGAGGCCAUGCGGAAACAAAUUCCCAACAUUCCAUUCCAGAUGCUCCUCAGAGGGGCUAAUGGUGUUGGGUACACAAGUUACCCUGAUAAUGCUGUGUACAAAUUCUGUGAGCUGUCAGUGAAAGCAGGAAUGGAUAUCUUCCGAGUAUUUGACUCCCUCAACUAUUUGCCGAACUUGAUACUAGGUGUUGAGGCAGUGGGGAAUGCUGGUGGUGUUGUGGAAGCUGCCAUUUCAUACUCUGGGGACAUCAGUGACCAAAGCAGGACAAAAUACACUCUUCACUACUACAUGAACUUGGCUGAGGAGUUGGUUAAGGCUGGAACACAUGUUCUAUGUAUCAAGGACAUGGCAGGACUUCUGAAGCCUCAAGCUGCCAAAUUGCUCAUCUCAUCUUUGCGUGACAAAUAUCCUGAUAUGCCAAUCCAUGUACACACUCAUGAUACCUCUGGGGCAGGUGUGGCUUCCAUGCUGGAGUGUGCAUAUGCUGGUGCUGAUGCUGUUGAUGUGGCUGUUGAUUCCAUGUCUGGCAUGACCUCUCAACCCUCUAUGGGGGCUGUGGUGGCUAGUCUGAUGGGACAUGAUCUUGAUACUGGCAUGAAUUUGAGUAACAUCAGUGAGUAUUCAGCAUUUUGGGAACAGACCCGGACCCUCUAUGCUCCCUUUGAGUGCGCUGUAACAAUGAAGUCUGGAAAUGCAGACGUUUACCAGAAUGAAAUUCCUGGAGGCCAGUACACCAAUCUACAAUUCCAGGCAUACUCCCUUGGACUCGGUGACCAAUUUGAAGCCAUAAAGAAAGCAUACAGAGAAGCAAACCUUCUUCUUGGAGAUCUCAUAAAGGUGACACCAUCCUCUAAGGUUGUAGGGGAUCUGGCUCAGUUCAUGGUACAGAACAAACUCUCAGCAGCUGAUGUUGAAGCCAAUGCUGAGAACCUUAGCUUCCCUAAAUCUGUCAUUGAAUUUAUGCAGGGUUAUCUUGGAGAACCACAUGGAGGAUUCCCAGAGCCUCUGCGCACAAAGAUGUUGAAAGGACUGCCUAUUGUUGAUGGCCGACCGGGAGCACAAAUGCCUUCCUUGGACUUUGCCAGCCUCAAGACUCAACUGACUGAAGAACAUGGCCCUCGCAUCAAUGACUAUGAUACAGUCAGCUCCUCAAUGUACCCUCAGGUCACAGACGAUUUCCUUCGCUUCCGAGAAAAGUAUGGGCCUGUGGACAAACUGGAUACUCGAAUCUUCCUCACAGGUCCAAAGGUUGGUGAAGAAUUUGAGGUGGAGAUUGAAAAGGGUAAGACGCUGCACAUCAAGACUCUGGCCAUGGCUGAAGAUCUUACUCCCAAUGGAGAAAGAGAGGUUUUCUUUGAGCUGAAUGGUCAGCUGAGAUCAGUGAUGGUUCGAGAUCAAGAAGCAGUGAAGGAGCUUCAUGUACAUCCCAAAGUAACACCUGGAGUGAAGGGUCAGGUGGGAGCACCCAUGCCUGGUACUGUAAUAGACAUCAAAGUAAAGGUGGGAGAUGAAGUGAAGAAGGGAUCCCCACUUGUGGUGCUCUCAGCCAUGAAGAUGGAGAUGGUGGUACAGUCACCGUGUGAUGGGAAAGUCACUACAGUUGAUGUCACAAAGGAUAUGAAGCUUGAAGGGGAUGACCUGGUACUCUCAAUUGAUCCCCAGUGAGCCCUGACUCCAGGAUCGAAUAGAAACAUCUCAUUCAGCUCUUCAAGGCUAUAAGCACAAGUGGUGUGGUGCUGUUUUGUGCCCGCCCCAGCCUUCCAGCACGCAAACGAUUUUUCACACACCAACUACUGAGGUUCAUGUGUACAUCAGAUGGGACCGCAUUCCUUAUCCUUCACUAAGCACAGCAAAUGCAUGAAGCCACCAUACCUCCAAGCCUUACUGAAUAUCACAAACUUAAUUAAUUUGGACUUAGCAGCUAUUCAGACUUGAGUAUUUUUGUAUUAGUUUGAUUUUUUGUGCUAUGAUGAAAUAAUGCUUCCCAAUGCAAGUGUGUAUGGGACAAGCUCCUCUUGGCCUAGUUUGCCUUUGAUGAGGAGCUUGUCAUUGUGUGCUAGUGAUCAAAAGUCCUUUACAUGAACAAACUUUGCAGUUCUUUACAGAGAAGUUGUGGCAGUACACUUUCUUUAGUUGUUCAUGCUGUUAUUAUUUUUUUUUUUUUUUUUUUUUUUAUGUACAGACAUGUUUUCACACAAAAAAAAAAAAUUAAACUGCAGCUGUUUAGUUAUUAUAUGCAAGUAAUUUGUGACAAUGUAUAAAUAUACAGAGUUAUAUAAAUCUAAACUUCUAAAUAAAGACCAGAGAAUUUUCAUACCUUGCAUAUAUUGCUAUUACCAGCAGUAAAUAAAUAUAUCAAUGAUAUAACACAUUCCAUUCUUAAAAUCAGCUACUUCACAUUUUAUGUAGUAUUUACAUACUCCUGACUGGGAUGCACAGUUUAUAUCAAUAAUAAUGAUGAGAGCUUAUAGUCAUUCUAAGAUGUUAACAUGUUUUCAACUAACUUCUUUUUGUCAGUAGAUGUCAAGAAAAGUGUCAAGAAAAUCUUUUCAAUAUAAUUUACUCUAGUUAUUACAAAUUUAUUAAAUAUUAUCAGGAAGAAUCAUACUUUUUAAGGAACAUAAUUCUUUGCAUCAGUACAGCUUUGGAGGACUGGAUGGAUAGACUUAAGAUAACAACAGUAUUGUUGAUAGUUCAUUUUAGGGCAUACUAUCUUAACAAUGUCAUUCUUGGGUUCCUUAUCUUUCAAGGUUCCUCAAAACAACUGAUUAUGUGUCAAGUUACACAUGAACAUGAGCUAUAUCACAAUGUUGCAAAAAAAUAUUAUGGUAGUAAUUAAUUCUGGUUAGUACCAAAGUACUGGUUUGCUAAAUUGAUAUAUAAAAUUGAGGUUAAAAAUAUUCCAAUGUUUACCUUGGAGUAUGAAAUUUUUCACUUGUAUAACUAAAUUUAUUGAAAAGUAUAAAGUAUUAUAAACCUGUAAAAAGAUGUUUAAAAAAGUUUGUAUUUAUACAGUGUUUAACUAUAGAGGAAUUUAGCCUACUUGACUGUGGUGGGUUAGUCCUUUAUGUGCUGUGAUUGGUGUUUAGGAACUGCUGUGAAAAUAGUUUCCUGAUAGCUUAAAUUAAAUAUUAGUCUUAUGGUUCUGAUGUGAUCCCGAAACACGACAGCCUUAAAUGAUUCUUCCAUAAAACAUAAGGUUAGGUCUGAUUUGAGCAACACCUUCCCUAUUUUAUAAAUUUUCCUUCAAUUAACAUUCCACAAUAUACAGAGUUUAUUAUGAUACUCUGUCCUUUGUUCAUUUUUUUGUCCUGACAGAAAAGUUUGUGACCUUAAUUUUAUUGGAUAUCUUCUCUUCCAUGACUACAUGACUGCCUUUGAUCAAAUUGGUUGUGACUAAACUUCAAAAUACCAUUCUUCAUGUUUCUGCUGUCAUAAGAAGGAAUAUGUAUACAACACACCUCAACUGCUUUGUUAUUCACAAAAAAAGUCAAUACAGAGGAAACGUGAUUUGCCAGUGGUUUGUGGUAGAAUCUGAAGUAUAGUCAUAUGAAAAGCUCUCAUAAUGAAAGGUGUCACAAGUGUAUGAUUUUUUUUUAAUAUUUAAAUAACUUUGCAGGUUUUUAUAGGAUGUCUUGAUCAAUGUUAAGAAAUAAAACAAAUGAAUGAUUUAUUGUAAUUUUUUUAUAGUUUUUUAGUGACUAUUUAGUCACUAAUAUCAAUUUAAUGUGUGUUAUUUAUCCAUUGUCAUGGAUGGAGUCAUGAUAAUGAGCUAUACAAACCCAGAGAGAGCUUAAAGAGUUCAGAGAAUAUAGUCUAAUCUUCGGAUAAGUUUGAAACCUUUCAAACACCACACACCCCAUCUCACUAGAAGGACUAAAAGCUCUCUCAUCAGUAAAUGCUUACAUAGUGUGUGUGUGUGUGUGAGAGAGAGAGAGAGAGAGAGAGAAAUAUUAAUGAGUAGUGGAUGAAAACUAUAGAAAAUCAAUUGGAAACCCUUAAAGACACUGCCACUUAUUAUUGAUGACAAAGUCUGUUGUAUACAUAUUAAUGCUGCAGCAAAAAACUAUUAACUGGCUUUGGUCAACAUUUUAAUCAUAAAAGCAUAUAACAUUGUUGUAUUACUUAGUCCUUUGCUCCUAAGAAAUAUACUAGCAGCAAUGCUGACAAAGAUAGAAGUACCAGUAGCAAAUGGUAUUGCUUACAAGUCCAGUUGUAAUUAGUACUAUGUCUUCCUGUAAGUAAUAUCAAAUUGGGCUAGUGAAUGUAGUGCUGUGUGAAUGAAGCAAUAAGUUUUAAUCAGUGAUGAAUCCCUUCAUAAAUGUAAGACUGCAUGUAGCUUUGAGUCCUAGAAGGAUGGAGUCAUCAACCUUACUGUCAACAUAAGUGUAUCAGUGAUGAAUGUUGUUUUGGAAUGAUAAGCUUCAUUAACAAAUCUAUGGUCUUAC